GCGGGGACAGUCAGCGAUGAAGGCAUAGCCGUUUUGCUCAAAGAUGGCGACUUCGCCAAAUAAGAUGAGAAUGACUGAAUCCAUGGAAAAUAAUAAUGUCAUCAUAUCCCAGCGUGAGGAGAGUGACAUAAGUUUAACUUUGGCAGAAAAGAAUCGUACAGGAACAUCUGGGAAAUUAGAUGAUACAUCUGCGCGGGGAAAUAAACAAUCCAAGCCUGUUGUUAAUAAUGAACAAAAAGGAAUUGAAGUGGAACAUCAAGGAGAAAACAUUGAAAACGAAAAAUGUCAUAAUGAAAGUGAUAAAAAGCAAGGGGCAAGUGGAAGUACAAACGUCUGUGAAGAAGGAAAACAGAAAUUUUGGGACGAACUGAGAAAGCAAGUUGAAUGUGGUGAAAACAAAGAAGAUCGUUGGAAGAAGACAAUUCUUUGGCGUGCUUUUCAGUUUAGUCCAGUAGAUCAAAAAAUUGUUAAAUAUUUAGUUGACCAUGGAGCAGACAUUUAUUCCCAGAACGAAGAAGGUGAAACAGUUCUUUGCAACGCGACAAGAAAUGGUUUACUUGAUCUUGUUAAGUAUUUUGUGCAAUAUGGCCCUGAACAUAAUUUUCAAGAUGAUUGCAGAGCUCUCCAAAGUGCAAUACAGUCUCGAUCAUUAGAAAUUGUGAAAUAUUUCGUUCAAAAGGGCGCCAAUGUAAAUGGAAAGGAUUCUGAUGCGGAGACCGUGCUGCAUUUUGCAGUUAGUAAAGGUAAGCAAGAUAUAGUGAAAUACCUUGUUGAAAACGGAGCUGAUGUAAAUAGCACGGAUAUUGACGAGAGGUCAGUUCUACACAGUGCUGUUACUGAAAGUAAGCUAGAUGUGGUAAAAUACCUUGUUGAACAUGGGGCUGAUGUAAAUGGCAAGGAUACUGAUGGGGACACAGUGCUGCAUUUUGCAGUUAGUGAAGUAUUGCACUAUGCUGUUAGCGAAGGUACACUAGAAAUGAUAAAAUAUCUUGUUGAGAAGGGAGCUGAUGUAAAAGGUAAAAAUACUGACGGAAAGACAGUACUGCACACUGCUGUUACUAAAAGUACGCUGGAUAUAGUGAAAUAUCUUGUUGAAAAAGGCGCUGCUGUGAAUGCCAUUAACAGGAAAAAUACUAACGGGUCGACAGUGCUGCACAGUGCUGUUGCUAAAGGUAAGCCAGAAAUAGUGAAAUAUCUUGCUGAAAACGGCGCUGAUGUAAAUAGCACGGAUAUUGACGGAAAGACAGUUCUACACAAUGCUGUUACUGGAAAUGUAAAUGGCAAGGAUCCUGAUAAAUGGAGAGUGCUUCACAGUGCUGUUACUGAAGGUACGCUAGAAAUGGUAAGUUUCCUUGUUGAAAAUGGUGCUGAUGUAAAUGGCAAGGAUAGUAACGGGUGGACAGUGUUGCACAGUGCUGUUGCUAAAGGAGCACACGAAACGGUAAAAUAUCUCAUUGGAAAGGGUGCUGAUGUAAAUGGCAAGUAUAUUGACGGAUGGUCUGUCCUGCACUACGCUGUUUCUAAAGGUACGCUAGAAAUGGUGAAAUAUCUUGUUGAAAAAGGCGCUGAUGUAAAUGGUAAGAAUACAUACGGUAGGACAGUGUUGCACUACGCUGUUACUGAAAGUACGAUAGAUAUAGUAAAAUACCUGGUUGAGAAUGGCGCUGAUGUAAUUGGUAAGACGACGAACGGACGAACAGUGCUGCACAGUGCCGUUACGAAAGGUACGCUAAAGGUGGUAAAAUAUCUCGUUGAAAAUGGCGCUGAUAUAAAUGGUAAGAAUUCUGACAAAUGGACAGUCCUGCACAGUGCUGUUAAUAAAGGUACACUAGAUAUGUAUACUGAUGGAUGGACAGUAUUGCACUAUGCUGUUAGCGAAGGUACACUAGAAAUGAUAAAAUAUCUUGUUGAGAAGGGAGCUGAUGUAAAAGGUAAAAAUACUGACGGAAGGACAGUACUGCACACUUCUGUUACUAAAGGUAAGCCAGAUAUAGUGAAAUACCUUGUUGAAAACGGGGCUGAUGUAAAUAGCACGGAUUUUGACGAGAGGUCAGUUCUACACAGCGCUGUUACUGAAAGUAAGCUAGAUGUGGUAAAAUACCUUGUUGAACAUGGGGCUGAUGUAAAUGGUAAAGAUACUAAUGGGGACACAGUGCUGCAUUUUGCAGUUAGUGAAGGUACGCUUGAAAUGGUAAAAUAUCUUGUUGAAAAUAACGCUGAUGUAAAUGGAAUUGAUACUGAUGGGUGGACAGAAAACGGUGCCGAUGUAAAUGGCAAGUAUACUGAUGGAUGGACAGUAUUGCACUAUGCUGUUAGCAAAGGUACACUAGAAAUGGUAAAAUAUCUUGUUGAAAAGGGAGCUGAAGUAAAAGGUAAAAAUACUGACGGAAAGACAGUACUGCACACUGCUGUUACUAAAAGUACGCUGGAUAUAGUGAAAUAUCUUGUUGAAAAAGGCGCUGCUGUGAAUGCCAUUAACAGGAAAAAUACUAACGGGUCGACAGUGCUGCACAGUGCUGUUGCUAAAGGUAAGCUUGAAAUAGUGAAAUAUCUUGUUGAAAACGGCGCUGAUGUAAAUAGACCGGAUAUUGACGGGUUGACAGUUCUACACACAGCUGUUAGUAAAGGUACGCUGGGUAUAGUGAAAUAUCUUGUUGAAAAAGGCGCAGCUGUGAAUGCCAUUAACAGCAAAAAUGCUGACGGGUCGACAGUGCUGCACAGUGCUGUUGCUAAAGGUAAGCCAGAAAUAGUGAAAUAUCUUGCUGAAAACGGCGCUGAUGUAAAUAGCACGGAUAUUGACGGAAAGACAGUUCUACACAAUGCUGUUACUGGAAGUAAGCUUGAUAUGGGCGCUGAUGUAAAUGGUAAGAAUACUUACGGUAGGACAGUUGCACUACGCGUUACUGAAAGUACGAUAGAUAUAGUAAAAUACCUGGUUGAGAAUGGCGCUGAUGUAAUUGGUAAGACGACGAACGGACGAACAGUGCUGCACAGCGCCGUUACGAAAGGUACGCUAAAGGUGGUAAAAUAUCUCGUUGAAAAUGGCGCUGAUAUAAAUGGUAAGAAUUCUGACAAAUGGACAGUCCUGCACAGUGCUGUUAAUAAAGGUACACUAGAUAUGGUAAAAUACCUCGUUCAGAAUGGUGCUGAUGUAAAUGGAAAGAAUACUGACGGGUGGACAGUCCUCCACACUGCUGUUACUAAAGGUAGCCUGGAUAUCACAAAGCACCUCGUGAAAAAUGGCGCUGAUGUAAAUAGUAAAUACACUGACGGUUGGACCGUCCUACACGCUGCUGUAGAUACUGGUGCAUUAGAAAUUAUUAAGUAUUUAGUUGAACAGGGUGCUGACAUAGCUCCUAAAGGUAACAUCAGCGCUCAUACUCUUGGCACUGACAUCAUUAGGAUGGCUGUUGCAAACAAUUCAGUUGCUUUGGUGGAUCUCAUCAGGCAAAAGAACAGGGUUGUUCCGAGAGCUGGAAAAUUUCUUGUCGAACGAAGCCAAAUGAAGCCAAUUCUUAUCGAAGAAUCUCAAAAUAGUCUCAAAAAGUCUUUAAAACAUGGUGAGAAGAUUGAGAUGUUGAAAAGAAUGAACUGCAACAUGUUAGAAAAGACUCAAAUACCGAUGCAGGCUUUUGUCGCAAAGAAUCAAUUCAAAAUUGGCGAUGGUGGUUCUUCUUGUGUCUAUGUUGGUCUCAUGCAUGAUGGAAGUGAAGUUGCUGUUAAGAGAAUUUUGGUGCAAAGUGCGGACAAAACAGUUGAAAACGAAAAGGAAAUCAUGAGUCUCAUUGAGACGGAAAACUGUCCAUUUAUAGUGAGCUAUCGUCAUUUUCACCGUGAUCAUGACGAUGUGUUCAUGUAUCUUAUUGUUGAUCUUUGCGAAGAAAAUUUGAGGGAACUUGUUCAUGCAUCCAGUAUUGAACAUCUACAAAAGCAUGGUCCACGAAUGAUUAAGGAAAUUCUGUCAGGACUUGAAUUUCUUCAUGAUAAAGGAAUAUUGCACAGAGAUUUAAAACCAUCAAACGUCCUGGUUGAUAUCGAUGGUCGCAUGAAAUUGGCAGACUUUGGAAUAAGCCGUGUCCUAAAAGACAAUCAAACGACAAUUCAAACAUUCGCCAAAGGUACUCCUGGAUGGAUGCCAUCGGAAGUAACUCAAGCCAUUGAGAAAAAUGAAAAAUGUCGUUUCAAAAGGAAAUCAGAUGUCCAGGUCGCGGGUAUGAUUGCUUUCUUCGUCUUAACUAAAGGUGAACACCCUUUUGGUUCUUCCUUUGAUCGAAUGAGAAAUAUUUCGGAAGGGAACUCUGUCAAUUUGAAGAAACUUGAUGAUCUCGAAGCUCAAAAGUUUGUGUCCUGGCUGAUCAAUCAUAAAAUUGAUAGGAGACCUUAUGCUCACGAAGCGUUGAGGCAUUCUUUUGUUAAUGGAGAUUAA